AUGGCGAGCAACACUGACGAGUUCAAGGGCUUUGUCGAGUCAAUUAAAAAGACAAAUCCUAAACGAAAAAGCGCUUACAAGACGUUGAAUGACCUCACACCAAAACUCACAUUCGAGCAACUUGUGGAAUUGGUUCCGACGUUUCGCGACUACUUAGCAAGUAAAGAUGACCCAACAACGUCAUCACUCAUAUCGAACUUGCUGCCAGUCAUUCGUAAAUUAUACGUCUCGGAAAACGAAGAAUACCACACCCAAGCAAUGUUACUUGUUGCUCCACUCACUGAGUUGUUGGUCAAUGGUCAAAAAUCGAUUAAGAAGUCGACGGUGAAAUGUUUGAAGCGUGUCAUUCCAAUGUUGAAUGAAAACGACUUUAGAGGGUAUGUCUACUCCGUUGCUAAAGCACUUCUUUUGGACGAUUCGGACUGCCAAAACCAAUCGUUUGGAUUGGCUUUGGUCGAUGCGAUGUUACCACGACUUACGAACGAUGAAAAGAUUCAACUGCUCUUACCAAAGUUACCAGAUUUAUUAGUCUCAAAAGACCUCUCGUUGAGGAAAAGUACUAUUAAAACGUACGCUUUACUCUCCACACAACUUCCAACAGACUAUGUCGACGGUAUGAUAGUACCUGCAAUAGUGUGUGGUGCUAAUGACAAAGAGUUUGUUGUUCGAAAGAAAGCGUCGGAAUGUAUUGCAGAUAUUUGCGAAAUCGCUGUUGAAAACAAGUCAAAUUUGAUCAGGCCAUUUUUCUCGUUGGUCCAAGACGCUAACAAACCAAACGCAAUUGUCUCGUUAAAGCAAAUACCUCGCUUUUUACAUAUCGUCGGGUCCAAAUUGGCAAAUCAAUACUCAAAAGAAAUUCUGCCGAUUUUGGUUGCUUUAUCAGCAGAUACAGUGAGACUUUUCCCAGACGCUCCGACCUCUGUGGGAUUGUCGUUGAGCUCGAUAAUUUUGUUCUUCAUGGAAAAGGAGACGGAAACGGUAUUCACUAUCGUGAAGAAUUUGGCGUCGUCUACCGCCACUGGGGCUCGUUAUAGUGUUGGGACGUGUUUUCAGUUAUUCAUGCCCUACGUCAAAGCGAUGGACUCCAGAAACUUUUUCCUGGGUGUUUAUGACAACUUGUUGAAAGACGAGAAGGUGGUGCAAUUAGCUGCUAUAUCGUCAUUGGCGGACGUGAUUGGAAUUGUCACGCCGGAGCUAAAACAGAGGUACAUGAAAUGUUUUAUGAGCUUCAUGGAAGACCCGUUCUGGAGAGUCAGACUCCAAAUUGCAUCGAGUUUUGGGAGAGUUGUGAAAUGUGUUGGGGAGUCAGUGGAUGUGCAAAACUACUUGUUUAAAUUAUUGAAUGACCCGAUGGCAGCGACUCGAUCGAAGGCCGCAGAAGUCACUGCGCAAGUCUUCACGAUAUCAUCGAAAGAGUUUCAAGACAAAAUCAGAAGUAACUUCAUUGUAUUGUCAAAGAGAAAUUACCAUCGGAGAAAAGUCAUUGUCGAGUUUGUCGCGUUUGUCUUUGGGCAAGCCGAGUCAAUGGACGAUGCUUUGGCCAAAUUGGACAAUUUCUAUAUGCCUUUCUUUUUGCAACGAGCCGAUGAUCCUGUUCCUAAUGUGAGAAUACACCUGUGCCACGCCAUCCAUCUCAUUGCUUCAAAAUAUCCCCAGAUAAUGGAAAACGAAAAGAUCAAAGAACGCUGUUUUCAGUUGCUUGCUGAUGAUGAUGAAGACGUCGCGGGUGUUGCAAGUGGGUUGUUCGGGACUGUUGUAAAAGCAUAA